CAGUUCCGUCUCAACGCGGAAACGUGGAGAGUUUGUUGUCAAACGCGAAGUCGCGUCACCUGUCACUCGCGGACAGCUAAGCGGAACAACUCGCUCUUAACAUAACUGUAAAAUAACAGAAUUAUGUGAACAAAUUUCGCAACCGUGAGAGAAAUGGAAUACUUUUCGCGCGUUCAUUGCCACCAGCGACCUUAACUGCGUUUACAGCCGCUCGCAAACUUGUCCACUCGGGCUACGGACCAGCGCGUGGAACUAUGUUGGGCUGGACGCGGUAUUUCGCAUGCGGACUGGUUCUCUGCCUCGGCGGCUUACCUUCUCCGUGUGCGAGUGCAGGGUCAGUCACGCUGCCUGAAUCGCUGCUGUUCGUCUCCACUCUGGAUGGGAGUCUACACGCUGUCAGCAAACAGACCGGAGACAUCAAGUGGACACUCAAAGAAGACCCUAUCAUACAAGUACCAGCCUAUCUGCCCGAGCCUGGGUUUCUCCCUGAUCCAAAUGAUGGCAGCCUCUAUGUGCUGGGAGGUAAACACAAGGAAGGACUAAUGAAACUACCAUUCACAAUUCCAGAACUUGUGCAGUCUUCACCGUGCAGAAGCUCAGAUGGAGUCUUAUACACAGGUAAGAAGCAGGACAGCUGGUUUGUCAUUGACGCUCAGACUGGAGAGAAACAGACGAGAUUAAGCACCGCCUACUCAGACCCCAUCUGUCCACAAACCCCACUCCUCUAUAUUGGACGCACAGAGUACAUGAUUACCAUGUAUGACACCAAGACUCAGGAGCUCCGCUGGAAUGCCACCUAUAACGAUUAUUCUGCCCCACUCUACGACGACCAGACCUAUGAGUACAAGCUGUCUCACUUUGCGUCCAGCGGUGACGGUCUGGUGGUGACGGUGGACCGUGCGUCCGGGGAGGUUCUGUGGAUGCAGCGCUUCGGUUCUCCAGUGGCCGCGUUCUACCUGUGGAACCAGGAGAACCUGCGGCGCGCCCCACACCUGACCGUCGCCACGGAGACCCUCAGAUACCUCACCUUCAACGCACACGACACCAACACACACACUGUCAGGUGGAGCUACCACCUCAACCAGGAUCAGCACAGCACCAAGACUCAGCUGGUGCCAACCCUGUUUGUGGGAAAGAUGGACUCUCACCUCUACGCCUCCACUUCACUUGUCCACCAGGGGGUGGCCAUCGUGCCCCGUGGCCUCACUCUGGCGCGGAUCGAGGGGCCAAUCACAGAGGAGGUGACCGUGAGUGGGCGGGGCGAGUGUGGCAUGACGCCUCUGACGGAUGUGAAGUACCCGCCGGGCAGCACCGAGUCUCUCCACAACCAGUGGCUACUCAUCGGUCAUCAUGAGAUUCCUCCUCUGGCUCACACCACUAUGAUGAGAGAUUUCCCAGAAUCCCUGCAGCACUCCGGUGAUGUCAUCCCCUCUCGACCCGCCCUCCACAGACCUGCUCCUUUGCCAACGGUGACAGGCUCUGGGGGCUCCCACUCCGCCCCUGUGCCCCCUGACACGGUGACCUCUGACCCCGUGACCCUGCUGGUGCUCACACUGUUGCUUGGUGCCUGGCUGGCCAUCCUCUUCUCACACACACAGCGGAUACAGAAACUCCUGAACUCACACCAAUCAGCGUCCUCUCACCAAAUGGCCAAUCGGAACACAGCGCCAUAUUUAGACACGCCUCUAACUUCCUCCACCAACAGCCAAUCAGAGAGGACUAGCUCCACGCCUUCCAGUCAAGGCCCCCCAUCAGAGAGCACCGGUCCCGCCCAUUCGCAGGCUCCCAGCCAAUCAACAGAUGAGGUGACUGUGGGUAAAAUCUCCUUCAAUCCUUCAGAGGUUCUGGGACAUGGAACUGAGGGAACCUUUGUCUUCAAGGGCCGUUUUGACGGGCGUAAGGUGGCAGUGAAGCGGAUCCUUCCAGAGUGUGUGGAGUUUGCGGAGCGUGAGGUCCAGCUGCUUCGGGAGUCAGACGAGCAUCCCAACGUCAUCCGAUACUUCUGCACCGAGCGGGACCGCCAGUUCACCUACAUCGCCAUCGAGCUGUGUGCUGCUACCCUACAGCAGUACGUCGAGGACCCGGGCUGCCCAUACUCCUGCCUGAAUCCCAUCACGCUACUGGAGCAGACUAUGUCUGGUCUCAGUCACCUCCACUCACUCAACAUCGUGCACAGAGACCUGAAGCCGUGUAACAUCCUGCUGUCGUGUGGGGGGGUGUUGGGUCGAGUGCGAGCGCUCAUCUCCGACUUCGGACUCUGCAAGAAGCUCCCGGCCGACAGACACAGCUUUAGUCUCAGCUCGAGGGUCAGCCCCCAGCCCUGGAUGGACCCAGGCUGCUCCAUCGCGGCUAGCACACGGCCCACGUGCGCGGUGGAUAUCUUCUCGGCUGGGUGUGUCUUUUACUACGUGGUGUCGAGGGGAAUGCACCCAUUUGGAGAUGCCCUCCGUCGCCAAGGCAACAUCCUCUCAGGAGACUACAGCCUGGAACACUUCAUGGAGGAUCUGCACGAGGAUGUCAUCGCUCGAGACCUGAUUGAAAAGAUGAUUAGUCCGGAGCAGGAGCUACGCCCACCUGCAUGUGCCAUCCUCAAACAUCCCUUCUUCUGGGCCCCUGACAAGCAGCUGCAGUUCUUCCAGGACGUCAGUGACCGUAUUGAGAAGGAGGCAGCAGACAGUGAGAUUGUGGUGCGUCUGGAAACAGCUGGAAGGGGCGUGGUCAGAACCAACUGGAGAAUGCACAUCUCGUCACCAUUACAAGCAGGUACAGAAUAUCACACACACACACACACACAGACUCACACACACACACUCACUCACUGGGCCAUGAGAAAUAAGAAACACCACUACCAUGAGUUGCCUUCAGAGGUGCAGUCUGCGUUGGGUGAAGUCCCAGAAGGCUUUGUGGCGUACUUCACCUCCCGGUUCCCACGGUUACUGCUGCACACACACAACGCCCUCAGUGUGUGUUCCAGAGAGAGACUCUUCCACCCCUACUACUGACACACACACACACACACACACUUCCACCUGUACUACUGACACACACACACACACACACACACAUAUAUAUAUUUACACACACAC